UAAAGUGGUGAAUUGUUUUUACUUUGUUACUUAUUAGCCUUCUGCAAACUGUAGAAUCCAUGGUCUUUUUUUCUUAAAACUACGUUGCACCAUAUGAUUUAGUUCCUGACAUUGUUUUUGGCUGAUAAGGUUGAAAUCAUGGGAGUACCGAAAUUUUUCAGGUAUAUUAGCGAAAGAUAUCCUUGUUUAAGCGAAUUUGUCAGGGAUUAUCAGAUACCAGUUUUUGAUAACCUUUAUUUAGACAUGAAUGGCAUUAUACAUAUGUGUUCACAUCCUGAUGACAACAAUCCUCAUUUUCGUAUCACAGAGGAGAAGAUCUUUGCUGAUAUUUUUCACUAUAUUGAAGUUUUGUUUCGAAUGAUCAAGCCACAAAAGAUUUUCUUCAUGGCAGUAGAUGGUGUAGCUCCCAGGGCAAAAAUGAAUCAGCAGCGAGGACGCCGUUUUAGAUCUGCUAAGGAUGCAGAAAAAUUAGAAAAAGAGGCUUUAAAAAAAGGAGAAAAGCUGCCAGAUGUUGAACGAUUUGAUUCAAAUUGCAUAACUCCAGGUACUGCAUUCAUGGCAAGACUUCAUGAACAGCUGAAAUAUUUUGUUGUGGAGAAAAUUUCAACUGACAAAAUGUGGAAAAAAUGUAAGGUCAUUUUAUCUGGUCAUGAAACGCCAGGAGAAGGUGAACACAAAAUUAUGGAUUAUAUUAGAUACCUUCGAGCUCAACCAGGUUAUGAUCCGAACACUCGUCAUUGUUUGUAUGGUUUAGAUGCAGAUCUUAUUAUGCUAGGAUUGUGUACACAUGAUCCACACUUCUCACUGUUACGAGAAGAAGUUAAAUUUGCUAAGAAAGCUAAGCGCAGUAAUGUUCCUGAAGAAAUUAGAUUUUACUUGCUGCAUUUGUCUUUAAUGAGGGAGUACUUAGAAUUAGAAUUUGCCCCCUUAAAAGAAAAGUUGAAGAAUGUACCUACAAUGGAGUUUGAUAUAGAAAAAAUUAUCGAUGACUGGAUACUUAUGGGAUUCUUAGUUGGCAAUGAUUUUAUUCCAAACUUACCCAAUUUGCACAUUGCAAAUGGUGCAUUGCCAGUACUUUAUGAAGCAUACAUUGAUGUGUUGCCAACUCUCAAUGGUUACAUCAAUGAAGCAGGUACUUUAAAUUUAGAGCGAUUUGAGAAGUUUAUGAAGAAACUGGCAAAUAUUGAUCAGAAGAAUUUUGAAGAAACUCAAGAUGAUUUGUUGUACAUGGAAAGAAAAACUGGAAGAAAACAAACAUUUCACACACCAGUUCAGUCCAAACCAAUAAUAAGUGAUAGUCCUGAGAAUAACUGUCCCAAAGAGACCAAUAAGGAUCCUAAAUUAGCAGCACUUAUAGCAGAAACUGACGAAUGGGAUUGUACCUCUGAAGACGAGUCAGACAAAUUGAGUUCUUCAAAUGAAGAUGAAGCGUUUAAGAGUUUCAAAGAUGAAUACUAUAGAAAUAAACUAGAAUUUCAAAAAGUGACACCGGAGGUAAUGCGAGAACAAGCUGAAGGAUACGUCCGUGCCAUUCAGUGGAAUUUAAAUUAUUACUAUAACGGAGUUUGUUCUUGGUCGUGGUUUUACCCUCACCAUUAUUCACCGUAUAUCUCUGACGUUAAAGGUUUUGCCAAUUUAAAAAUUGAUUUUGAACUUGGAAAACCAUUUAAGCCUUAUGAACAAUUAUUAGCUGUUCUUCCCACUGCCAGCAAAAACCUUUUACCUAAAUGUUACCAUCAUUUAAUGACUGAAGAAAAUUCCAUCAUUAAAGGUUAUUAUCCUGAAGAAUUUCAGACUGAUUUAAACGGAAAACGACAAGAGUGGGAAGCGGUUGUGUUAGUGCCUUUUAUCGACGAAGAGGUUCUUUUAGAAGCUAUGAAACCUUGUAAUAAACUUUUAAGUAUCGAGGAAGUUAAACGAAAUCAGCAUGGACCAAUGCUGGUGUAUGAAUAUACUGACGACGAUUUAGGGGUUUAUGAAGCACCAAGUUAUUUUCCAAGUGUUCAAAAUCAAGCUCGCUGCAUACCAGUCGAUAUGGAAGAAAUUAGAGUUCCCAAAGAAAAACUGAUCAAAGGGGCAUAUCCUGGAGCUUGUUUUGAUGUUUUCUAUCCUGGUUUUCCAACGUUGAAGCAUUUACGGUAUACAGCUGAAUUUAAAAAGGCCAAAAUUAAGGUAUUUGAAAUGCCCAGCCGAAAUGAUAAUAUGAUAUUGAAAAUCAUGCCAAAUGAGCAAUAUUUUGUUGACGAGUCAGUUCCGAUUGAUCUUUUAGGAAACACGGUGUGGGUAGGUUGGCCCCAUCUGGUCGAAGCCAAAGUUGUGGCAGUUUCCAAUAAAAAACAAAAAUAUAUUUUUUGUAAAAACGAAAGCAGGGGAUAUAAGAUUGAAAAUCAAGUAUUAUUUGAUAGUGAAUUAGAAGGGAUAUCGCAUUACUACAGAGAUCGCAUGGGAAUAGAGUUAGGAAAGACCAAUAUUCUUGUACAUGUUCAACUCAUGACGGGGCGAAAAUACGUAUUUACUUCUGGAAGAAGGGUAACUUUGGAAAAACAAUUUUCAAAAAUUACAUCUGCGUAUCCACUGCAAAGUACUGUUGUUGAUAUUAAGGUUCAUGAUGAAUAUCAGUCAGCAUAUACAGAUAUUGCUGAUGUUUUUCCUAACGGAAGUUUCUGCUUUUCUCUUACAUGCCCCCACUAUGGUUCACAGGGCAUUGUUAUUGAAACAGGAAGUAAUCAAGUGAAGGUAUCGUUAUCUCUUGUUGGAGAACCCAACUUUUUAACGGCUCAAGAAAUAGACGAAAAGUUAAAAAAUAGUUACUUAUCUUUGACAAGUGCUGCGAGUCAAUUGUCUAUAUCGAAUUAUGUAUUUUCAAGAAUCACUGGCUCUUUAUUUGUCUCAACAAGAACUCUAGACGGUUCUCUCAAAUCUGUUAAUGUGGGACUAGAUUUAAAAUUUAAUAAGAAGAAUCAAGAAACACCAGGAUACACAAGAAAGCUUGAAAACACAUGGUAUUACACUGAAAAAGCCGUAGACCUUGUCAGAAGAUACUAUGACAAAUUUCCAGAAAUUAUUGAUUUUCUUUAUGAUAGAGGAAACGAAGACCUUGCCUCUGACAUGAUAUUUGAGGAUGGGGGUGAUGAAAAAGUAAGAAGUAUCCAAGUUUGGUUAAAAACUCUGCCAACAUACAACAUUGAAAGACGGGUAUGUGGUACCGUAAUACUGGAACCAGAAGUAGUGGCAGAGAUUGAAAACAUUGUUGAUCAGUUUGAAGAAACCCCAAAGGAUUUUGUUAUGCAAGUGAAACCUCAGCUGCUAUAUAAACCGGAAAUUCAAAUGGGAACUUUAGCUCCGGAUCCUCUGUCUACAACCAAAUUAUUCGAUCGAAUUGUUAAUGUAAGGGAAGGUUUUACUGUGCCUUUAGGACUAAAAGGCACAGUAAUUGGAGUUCAUAAAUCAGCUAGUUCUCUUAAAACCGAGGAUGAAAUGUAUGAUGUUGUAUUUGACAAAGUUUUUGCUGGUGGUUUAGCAUUAAAUUGUUCGGAGUAUAAAGGUUACCGUUUGCCAAAGAGUUCUUUUAUUAAUCUAACCCACGGAAAAAGACAGAUGGAACAGAAAAUGGGUAUUCCAGGAACUUUACGAGCAUUGGCUAAGGAACAUCAUUCUGUAAGCAGUUUCAACGGUGGUACUUCUAAUUCGGAAAGUAUUAGUCCCAGAAAACAAAACUCGGCAUUUGCAUCCUUUAAUAAAACACCACUGCUUUUGCCAGCACCUUCACAAAACAAAAGUCAAUGUGGUUCAGCGCAAAUUCAUUCCAAACAAUACCAACAGUUAAAUCCAUCUCAUGGUCAACAAAAAAGUAAAAACACAUUUUAUUACAUGGCAGAUUUCACUCAAACAGUUGUUGAUUCGAAAGUUAACAAAGAAAAUUCGAUGUUGCAGAAUGACGAUAGUGUCAAUGUACAAAGUAAACAGCAAAUUAGUAAAGGACCCCAGAGUUUAUCUCAAAAGCCAAUUAAUUCAAGACCAAAAAGUGAAGUGAACACUGAUUUCUUAAAACGAAUCUUAAACAUCCAAAGUAAUUCAAACACAAAUAAACCACAUGUUCAAAAUAGUACAAACCAGUCAAAAUCUUACGUUGCCCCACGAACUGAUACAGCACGAAGUUAUUCCCGAAAUUCCAGUAAGAGAGAACACGGCACAAAUUCUACAAGUGCUACUGCGAGUUUGUUGAGUUAUUAUCAGUCAAAUUUAUUGGGAUGCCCUCGUUAUACAUAUCUUGAAGACGAAGAUGGAUUCAUCGCUCAAGUAGCUUUACCUAAUGGAAAAGUUAUCAGCGGCAAACCUGCAAGGACGAGAGAGGAAGCAAGUGAAAAUGUCGCCAUGGACACAUUGGCCAUAUUACAGACAUCUAGAUCAUCGAAAGACGGGCUUCCUUCAAAAUUUCCUGUACCACCAACAAAGUGGGUUCAAGAUAAACAAUCACAAAAUAAACUACCGUCACAAAUUUUUAUAAACAAAUCACACCAAGUUCAGAUGAAACAGCAUCAAAGGGGGCCCCAGAAUUGGACGGAUUAUGACAGGAAAGAAAUAGAACCCAAGAGUUACGGUUAUGCACAACACAGUUCAAGACUUAGUACAAACACUAAUAAUACUCCUAAUUUUGUACCUCUUCAAGCUUUAAAGAAGAAACAAGUGAAUAGGACUGCAACAAAUCCAAAUAAAAUACACAGCACUAAUUCACAUUAUGUAAAAGAUGACCAAAGUGGUAUGCUGAAUUCAACGGUACAAGCUAUGGACUUUUCUAAGGGACCUGGAGCGGAGAACAGACAAAGAUACGAAAAACCACGGAGAUACAGGAAAACCAGAAUUGCAGCGAAUUUUAAUAAGUAGAUUCUUUUUUUUUUCGUGUGUUUAUACAACAGUUUGACAAAUUUUAUUUUUAUGUCAAUUAAUUCUUACAAACAAUCUAGAUCUAGUUCUAUAGUUGUAGGAGUUACAGCUUAAGAAUAAAUAUUACAAAAAAAAUAACCUUAAUUAAAUAAACACUAAAUUUGUUGAUAGAUAUUAAUAAAGGGUAUUAUGUGCUUACAUGCAAGGAGAUUCAAAAUCAGUAAUAUAUACAUACAUUUUUUUGCUUCAGUUUGUAUUGUUUUGACUGAUACUGUGUAAUUCUUCCACUUCGCAGGAUAUUUGUAUGGAAAUUAAGUGCUUUGCAUUUUUAUUUUAUUAAAAACUUGUGCUUCGUUUAUGUGAAAAUUAGAAUGAAGUUAUAACUAUUUUUUGUAGAAUGUGAAAUAACUUUGGAUUUUAGUAUAAAGAGUUCAUUAACGGAGUGUAUAGACUCAAAACAAAAACUCUUAUAACUGUAGAAAACUAGUCUAGAAUUUUUUCUAAGUGU